CAUUAUUAUAUCGCCUUGACUUGUAUUUGCCCGACGGGGCCAUUGAUUAUUCAUGAGUGCCUCCUCUAUUUUUGGCAAUGGAACCGAGCAUGAGGGGAGAUGGGUGUCAGAACCAACCAGGCGUGGGACAUUUGGCUUGGUCUCAAGUUGUGUUAUUACACUUUCUCUAUGUGUCUGGAGCUGUGUACAUCUCAACUUGCCUGGGCACCGUGGCCACACAAAGCAGAUAUGGCGAAAAGUCGGUUGGGUAGUCGUGGGCUCGCUGAUCCCUGAAAUGGUGGUCUUCACUGCGUUUUAUCAAAGGCUAGAAGCGAAAGAAAUGCUUGAGUUUAUGAUGGAUCACUGCCGCCAGAAGCGUCCUGAACAUGAAUUAUUUGUCCUUCGCCUCAGAAGGUGGCUUGCCCGCUUGAAUUUUAGGAAAAAAGAUACGCCGUCCUCCAGCGAGCCGCCUUCAGACAACUCUCACAAGGUCACAUCAACUCAUUCCGGAUCACGGAUGACUUGGACGCUGACACAUGGAUUUUACGCCACCAUGGGUGGCUUCGCCAUUGAUGGUUCCAAAGCGGAGAGACCCUUUCUCCCGAAGGGUCAAGAACAUGUAACAUUCACACAGGCUGGCAUUAAGAUCCUCAUACGGCUCGGGUACAUGGACGACUUCGAAAAUAUAUCAGUUGACGAUAUUCGGGACAAGGGCAAGGCUAGCAGCAUGGCUAAAGUUCUUGUAGCGAUCCAGACGCUGUGGUUCUGCACUCAACUCGUUGCCCGUUUGGCCCAAUCUUUGCCCAUCAGCCUGCUUGAGCUGAACACAUUUGCGCAUGGCAUAUGUACUCUCUUCGCCAUAUAUUUCUGGUGGGAAAAACCGCAAGAUAUCGAGCAACCUACACUGCUGCCGCUGAUUCGUACACAGCCACUGUGUGCAUUUCUGUGGAUGCAUAGCAAACUUAACGAGAAUCGACUUGCUUAUGGAAAAUCGCGGACUUUUUUCGAAUACAAAGGCUUCGCAGAGGCACAGUUCUGGGCACCUAUGAUUAACAGGGGCAGUGGGGGGCCUUCAGGGAAGCCAGCAGGAGGAAAAAAUACCAUGACUGUUUCAGGCUUGGUCUUCGAAGUCAAUUCUGAUUCCUGCAGUAAUGUCGGAGAUUUGCCAUCCACUACGGUGCAACCUAUACCAGAACAGGCGAUUAUAGAGCAGAUGGUCUCUCUUCCACCAUCUGAGCCUUCACCCCCACCAGUCAGGCCGCAAGAUCGCAAGGUGUCUUCUAAGCUCGAUUCGUCUUCUUCACCCGAGCUGGUAAUCAGAAAAGGAUGUAUGGUUCCCGGCACCAUUUUCGCCUUGAAAGACGCGCCGCGAGUGCCUGAGUCAGUCAGCCUGAGUCAAAUUGAUAUUACUAGAUUGUCCUUAGCCUCGAAGGUUGCAGAAAUUCAUCCUGGCCUCUUUGGUCAAUCCGGAAUGCUCAUAAUAGAAGAAACGAAUUUUCUGGCGCUGCGACUUUCAGAAUUGACCAUGCACGGUUCUCUCAUCGGAGUGCUCGUCAUUUCUAUAACAGCAAUGGUCUAUGGUGGGCUUCAUUGCAUUGCAUGGAGCUCCCACAGUUUCGCCACCAAUACCGAAAGACUUCUGUGGAGGAUAUCUUGUCUGGCUCUUAUUGCUCCAAUUCCAUUAGCCAUAACUUAUCAAGCUUUCUAUUCGUUGUUGAGCAAUUUAUUGCCACGAGUCAAGAAAUAUGUACCGAGCGCGGCUGUGUCUGCAGGCAGAAGCCUUUCAUGGACUGAGAGGCUUUUCUCGAAACUGGUAUCGCUUCGUAAACCUCUCCAUGAUCUUUUUGAAAUCUGCUUUCUACUAGCUAUUUUCCUGGCUUUUGUACUCGUUAUACUCGGGAGGGCCUAUCUGAUUAUUGAGUGCUUUAUUAAUGUCGGAUACCUAGACAGCAGAGUGUUUUUAUCCCCUCUAUGGACCACUUAUUUGCCGCAUAUCGGUUGAGAUUAAUGUACUUGCGGUUUCGCAGACCAAUGUUAAU